GAAGGCUUCUAGUAUCUCACAGGGUCCCUGGUGCACUGGAAGCCCCUCUAGGGUGCUAUUUCGCAAUCUCAGGCGCUCGCUAUUGGUCAGUAUGUGAUCAUAUGCCUCUAUUUCCUUCUGUCCCUCACUGGCACCCGGCCAUCCCCCUUCAGCUAAAACCCAAUCUCCGAUAAACUACUAAUAGCUAAACCACUUGGACUAUAAAACACAACAAAUCAUAAAGCCAGGAAGGACUGCAGCCUCCUCCCAAUGAGUUCCUAUUUUGUCAACUCCACUUUCCCGGUAACUCUGCCUGGUGGGCAGGAACCCUUCCUAGGACAGAUCCCGUUAUAUUCCUCAGGCUAUGCGGAUCCUUUAAGACACUAUUCUGCCAGCUAUGGGGCCUCUGGAGUCCAGGACAAGGGCUAUGCUUCAUCUUCUUAUUACCACCAGCAAGCUAAUGGAGCAUACUCCCGGACGGCUGCCUGUGACUAUGGCGCAGCUGGAUUUUACAGGGACAAGGAGGCUUCCUGCGCCAUCUCCUCCCUGGAUGACCAGUCUCCUCUCUACAGCCAAGAGCAGCGCAAACCGGACUGUGCGCACAGCAAACUGCACUAUGAGGAGCCGGAGGACGCCAAAUGCUCCACUCCAGUCUACCCCUGGAUGCAGAGGAUGAACUCCUGCAAUAGUUCAGUAUUUGGGCCCAGUGGAAGAAGAGGGCGACAGACCUACACCAGAUACCAGACGCUGGAACUGGAGAAGGAGUUCCACUUUAAUCGUUACCUGACCAGAAGACGAAGGAUCGAAAUCGCACACUCCUUGUGUCUGACCGAGCGACAGAUCAAGAUCUGGUUCCAGAACAGGAGGAUGAAGUGGAAAAAGGAAAGUAAACUACUCAGCUCUUCUGUGCAGGGCGCAGAGGAAGAAGAGAAAGCCGCCGAAUAAAUAAAAGGCACAUACAUAGCGCCACAUGCGCUCUAAUCCUUGUAUCUUGAAUAAAUUAUUAUAAUUGCACACAGGACUGGUAAAGAACAGAUUAUCUGUAUUAUAAUAACUACCUACAUGUCUGACUGUCAUCGCUCUGCAAUACUGGAAUACACUCCAAGUGUAAGAAUAUACAUAUAUAUAUAUAUAUAUAUAUAUAUAUAUAUAUA